CUUCGUUCCCGUGUCGACGUCGACUGUCCAGCCCAACCACCGCACGCGCACACACCCCGACGACGACGAAUGAUCACGACACGACGACGGACCGGCCACGGCCGCGCAAGAACAGGCGGACGACAGUCGCCACGACCCACCCUCCCACCGUCGGACACUCGCCCCGCCACCCGCCCCCAUCGCUCGCUCGCUCGUUUGCGCGGCACGACUACGGAUGCCUUCGCUUUCACACGGCUGCUCGUGGCCAGCAGAGCAAAAGCAGCACCUUUCUUUCUUUCGUUCGACCUUCCCUUAGGGUACGGACAGCACGGAAGCUCGCAACAGCCAUGGUGCCAAUCAAAUUCCUGUGAGCUAAUGGAUUCCACCAUAUUCCAUAUUCAUCCAUCCAUCCAUCCUUCCAUUCCCCCCGUCUCCAUCGCCCCAUCGCAUUGUCCAACCAACCAAUCCGGUCGUCGUCCGAUGGAGGGAAUGGUGUUGUUGUGUGUGUGUGAUGCGUGUGUGAUGUGUGUGAUGUGUGUGUCCCAUUGUCAGCUGAUGUCUGUGGAGGCUGAACGAACCGACCGACGUUGCGGCUACAUACAAGGAGGCGGAUUCGAGCGAGAGAAAAAAGAAAGUGCGGCGCGAGCGAGCAUCGGUGCCGAAUGCAGCCAAACGUGCAGGCCUAAAUGCUUAGGGCUUUUACAUAACGCCAACCACAAACCGACCACACCAACCAGACCCCCGGGUCAAAUUCAUCAAUUCCUUUCGUUCUUUCUCCGAGGACCGCUCUGCCGCUUGCACCUUCAGCUAAGGGCAAGGUGUCCCCAGGUCACCACCGCACAUACCCACGGGAAGUGACCCACCCGCACCUAGCACCGAGACAAGACAAGACAAGACACGAGAGAGACAAAACACAAGACCAGACACAAGAGCACGCCGCCCGCCUCUCUGGUGCUUAGGCCUGUUUCCCCCGCAAUAUGCACACCCCAUGUGCCGUUCUACGGCCCAGCGAGUUCCGCCGGAGUCUGGACCCUGCCCUUCCUCUCCGAUGCUACGUGUUGCAAGCGAUACAUAGGCACAUACGAAGCCCGCCCUCGCUCUCCUGUUUAUCCCCAUCAAGGUAGUCAUCCGGGGUCCGAACGACGCAUGACUCU